AUGUCAAAAAGAAUCGGUAAUUACCAAGGAAGAAUUUGUAAUGAUCCUGAAAUAUUUGAUUGCCCUAAUCAUAACAACUCACAUCAUCCAACAUAUGGUCCAAUUUCAAACACUCAAAAAACUGCAGUACAAAUAAAUUGCCCUACUCUUAAAUUAAAAUAUCGUGGCAAUAAUACAUAUGAUUAUUCUGUUAGUGAUUUCGAAAAUUUGGGUGGACAAGGAAUAAAUGAUUUUCAUACUCGUUGGCUUGUUAAUCUUUUACAACAACUAUCUUAUGGCUAUACAAAAUUAUUAAAUAAAUUAAAAGAAAAUGAUACGAAUAUUAUAAAUACAAAACUUGAAGAAAUAUUAAAUAAUGCAGGAAUCUACUUUGACAAAAAUGAAAGUAUCGAUCAAAAACUUGACAAGAUUGUUCAGUUUUCUCGUGAUAUAACUGAAGUAAGACAAGUAAACCGUGUUCAAGCUCUGAUUAAUGAACUAAGAGAAGAAAACAAACGAUUAAAAGAAGAAAAUGCUAAAAGUGAAGAAUUAAAAGAGGAAAAUGAAAAAUUAAAAGAAGAAAACCAAACAAUAAAAGAAAAAAAUAAAGAAUUGCAUGAAGAUAAUGUUAGACUGACUGAUAAAAAUAAUGAUCUGACCAAAGAAAAUGAUGAACUAAAUGCUACGAACAAUGCCAAUAAUGAAAUAAUAGAGAAUUUCGAAGUCAAAUAUGAAAGAAAUGAAACACUCGAGAGUAAGAUGGAUAAAAUCAAGAAAGUCAGCAAGGAGAUAAGAGAUGUAAUGUUAUAA